GCAUCAGAGCAGGUAUGUAACCCUGCCUGCUAGCGAUGCCACACCGCCUCCCUGCAGUCCGGGGAAGGGAUAACACGUACCGGAUCACACAGACAACCGCGCCUCUCCAUCAGCCUGAGCGUUUGUAAGGAGCUGGAAGGGCAAGAUGAUGUAGACGCACUCGCAAUUAGCAGAAGAGCACCAUCAACGAGUGCCGCCGCCAUGUUGACGAGAUUAUUCAACGAACCUUCACUGCUUCCAGACAUGCAGAAGUUCGCGGGCUGGGUGGAUGACAGCGGGAGUGAGGACUCCAAAACCAAGGACGAAGACCAGGAGCACUGUCGCCUAGGCGACGAGGACUUGGAUGAGGACGACGUGAAAGGCGGGAGCAGCCGGGAUCAGUCGGAGAUCGCAGGGGAGGAGGAUGACGAUGAGGAUGUUGAUGAAGAAGAUGACUGUGGGGAUGAGGGAGACAGGCCUAAGAAACGCGGGCCAAAAAAACGCAAGAUGACACCGGCUAGGAUAGAGCGCUCGAAAGUACGGCGUCAAAAGGCGAACGCCAGAGAGCGCACGCGCAUGCACGAUCUGAAUUCAGCACUGGACAAUCUACGCAAAGUUGUGCCGUGCUAUUCAAAAACUCAAAAACUCUCCAAAAUUGAAACACUAAGGCUGGCGAAAAACUACAUUUGGGCGCUAUCAGAAAUCCUGCGGAACGGGAAGAGACCGGACGUGGUUUCUUAUGUACAGACACUGUGCAAAGGCCUUUCCCAACCCACCACCAAUCUGGUGGCUGGCUGCCUCCAACUUAACUCACGGAACUUUCUAACGGAACAAUGUCAAGAGGGAGCGCGCUUUCACGUGCCCAACCCCUCGUUCUCCAUGCACGCGUAUCCAUAUCAGUGCUCCCGUCUGUCAAGCGCACAAUGUCAAUCCGGAUCCAAUACACAUAACCCCCGAAACCACUCUUUCUGCUCGGCCUAUGAGACUGUGUACACCGGGGGCGCGUCCCCAGAAUACAACAGUCCAGAUUAUGAGGGCCACCACAGCCCUCCGGUGUGUAUAAAUGGCAACUUUUCUUUGCGGCAGCAGGAACCCGUUUCACCAGACACGGAAAGAGGUUAUCAUUAUUCUAUGCAUUACACCAGUCUACACGGCCCACGUCCCUCCACUGGACAUGGCCUUGCCUAUGGCCCGUCGGGAGCGCGCAGCGGCAGCGCGCACUCAGAGAACGUUCCACCGUUUCCUGAUGCACACGGGCACCACGAUCGGGCGCCUGCGUACGAGGAACUGAACGCCUUUUUCCACAAUUAGGUGAUCCCAUGUUGGAAAAGACAAAACAGGGAAAAAAGGGAAAGACAUAUCAGCAUUCAGCACAUUAAUGAAAACCUGUCAUAACUGAUUUGACUUUCUUUGGAAUCCGGGUGUUUGUGGACUCAUGGAGAUUUCUUUUAAUUUAUGGAACAAUCAUUUUGUUCAAUUAUGGACCUUCAUGGAAAAUGAGUAUAUUAACAAGUUGUCGGAACAUGAAUCAAACUGCUUCAUCAAAACAUUAUACAAGUGGGAGUGCUAUUUCUGAAUCAAAUGUUUGAACCAUAAUGAGACACUUAUGUAACACAAGAAAAAAGAACCAAAUUGCUUAAUGAAGACUGUUUCCUGAUCAAAUCAAUAAAGAAGCCUAUUGUUCCAGAA